CGGAAAAUGUAAACAUGUUCCAAUCAUGUUCUUACCUUAGGAAAUUAAACUGAGGUAAUCAACUAAAUGAACCAGUCAAAAUGCUAGCCAUUACAAAUAAGAAACAAGAAGAAUGCCUCAUGAAACAGUAACCUAGCAGAAACUCAGCCAAAAUGCCCAACAUCAAGACUUUUUGCCGUAUUAAGCCAACAUCAUUGACAUACCCAGAACAUGAGACAUCAAACUCCACACUGUACCUUAGAGUGCCCGAGUUACUCAAGGAUUUCAAUUCAAACAGCAAAGGCUCGCGAUCAACCAUCAACCAUGAGUUUAACUUUGACCAUAUCUUCAUGCAGGACGCCUCCCAGCAGGAUGUGUUUGAUGUUGCUGCUCUGGAAAUUGUCAAAGGAUUUCUGAAUGGCUACAAUGGAACCAUAUUUGCAUAUGGACAAACAGGUACAGGAAAGACCUAUACUGUGGAAGGAAGUGCUAAAACCUAUCAUUCUAGAGGUCUAGAACCAAGAGCACUAUCAAUGGUUUACAAGGAGCUAGAGAAGCGUUCACAGGAAGAUCUAAGUGUUCAUAUAUCGUACCUCGAGAUAUAUCAGGAUGUCGCCUACGAUCUCCUCAACCCUGGGGCCAGAAUACAGGGAUCCUUCGUCACACCUUUCCCUAAGGUGACAAUAGUGGAGGGCCCAAGUGGCUCGUGCAUCGUGCGUAACCAGACAAACCACCUGGCAGCAAGUGAGGAUGUGGCCCAGAGUCUACUGCUCCAGGGGCAAGCAAACAGGAAGGUAGCUGCUACUGCCGUACAUGACCGGUCAUCUCGCUCACAUGCCGUCUUCUCCAUACAGCUCACUGCCAAAAAGAUUGACUCUGAUACCAUUGUCAGAUCUAAGCUGCAUCUGGUGGAUUUAGCAGGGUCAGAGCGAGUGGCAAAGACUCGGGUUCUCGGACACCAGUUGACUGAGGCAAAGUCGAUCAAUCUGUCCCUGCACUACCUUGAGACUGUGAUAGUUGCCCUCCAGGAGGAAGCACUCAACAAGGACAAGGCCGGCAGGACACGAACAGCUGUUGGGAACAGGAAGUACCAGUUUGUGGGUCGGCCGCUGAGUGCUGACGCCCUACGAGGGCCCCGCCAUGUCCCCUACAGGAACUCCCAGCUUACCAUGCUGCUCCGAGACAGCCUUGGUGGCAACUGUAUGACCUCUAUGAUAGCUACUAUAUCUCUUGAAACAUCCAAUCUUGGAGAGUCCAUAUCUACAUGUAGAUUUGCUGGCAGAGUUGCCUGUAUAGCUAACGCUGUCUCGCGAAACGAGGAAUUAGAUGAAAAAUCCUUAAUAAGGAAACUUCGAAAAAGAAUAGCAGAACUAGAAACUGAACUGGCUUGCCUACGACUGUCUCAGGAGAGUGGAGAGAUCAGAAUGGUGCUGACAGAAGAAGAUAAGGUGAUGUGUGUGGAGGUUGUCAACCAGUACCUCGCCGGCAAAAUAUCUGACCCCAUAUCUGCAGGUAUAACAAACCCCCAUAAAUUCAGAGAAUGCCUGAAAAUACUAAAACGAGUAAUUUCCCAAAGACUGGACCCAAACAACAACCACCAGACGGUUCCUGGCCUGGAGGGGCCACCGGAGAAUGGGGAUGCUGAGCCCAUGGAGGUCAUACAGAGACAUAACGCCCAGAAACUCCGGGAGGAGGGGGACGGGCAAAGGCCUAUUAAAGUGUCAUUUCAAUUGGGGAACAAAACGUACCCCAAGUCCACACCGAAGCCACGGAACAUUCACCGGUCUGCCUCCUUUGAUACAACUACCACUGGAGGAAAUUCAAGGGGGGUAAGCCGAGAGGAGAGCAGACAGGGGAGACAACAAACCACUCAGGCCUGGACAGAUGAGAGUAGAGUCUCCACUGCAGAUACAGGAGAGAGAUUGUGGACUGCCAACAGCAAAAAGGACCCUGAGACUUUAUCACAGCUUCUCAAUGAGUCAGAUGUUGCUAACACGCCAUUUGAUAAGAAACGAGUACAGGAGAUCAAGAAACUCAAUUCAAAGGUGGAGAAACUUCACCAUGAGCGAACAGAGCAGGAGCAACAGGUGAUGGAGAUGAAGAUGCAAGUCGCUGAGCGGGAACUGGACCUCAUGGAUAAGCACAUGAGAACAAAGCUACAUGUGGCUACGGCCCAGGUGACAGACCAGGCAGCGUACAUCAAGCAGCUGUUGAGCACGGAGGCCGACUCUGCCCUUAUUGAACAAGAGAGACUCGUGGAGAAACAACUCAAACGCAGAAGGGAAAAAUUUGAACAGGAGUUAAGGAUUGUUGAGUUGAAGCGUGAGCGUUAUGAGCGUCAGCUAGAGUACAUCACCUUCCGUAAGGACCAGUUAAAGCAACGUGCAGAGGGGAAGGAGGUACAGAUGACUGACGCCCAGUUGACCAGCAUGCAGGAAAAGUUUGGUCAAUUCCGCAAGCGGGACGGCUCGCUCAACACUCGGCAGGUGUUUGCUAUGCUGAAGACGGAGGAACGCAAACAGAGCAGGGCAAAGACGCAUGUUGAGCGUGAGAAGAUCAUGGCCAAGGCAAACCUGAUGGAGAUGAAGGAGCUUGCCACUCGGCAGAAACUCCGUGAGCUCAAGGAGGCCAUGGCAUCUGGUAAACCAAUCCACGCCACCAGCCAGUUUGAUAAUAGUGGGUACCAGAAUGGACAUGUUAAUGGUCAUGUUGAAAAUGAACCCCAAGAAACAGAGGAGGAAAGAAAUAAUGAGAAUGGGGAGGACAUUGAAGGUAUGAUGAAAAACCCUUCAAGGGACCAUACUUUUGUUAAUGAUGAAAGGGCUAACAGGUCAAAUGAUACUCAUAUGCCUAAAUCAAGCUCUGCACCACAAAUGGCUGGUAUGCCAUCCAGUGACUUUUAUUCCAAAAGAAAAUCUGAAAAAGACCCAACAUCCAAAUGGGAAUCGAGUUACUCUAGGCCAACUACUCCCUCAAACUUGGCUUUUCAACAAAAUGAUUCAAAACCUAGUCAAUCUGAAUUGAAUGAUAGUAAAGCCAUUGAAGAAGACAAUGAAAGACUUACUAAGCCAGAGAGAAAGAAUGUGCUGUCUGAGGAGGAUUUACUAGAAAUUCAAAGUAAGAAGUAUGAAAAUGAACUUGACAGAAGUCGAACAAGAAGAAACAAUGAAAGAAUGCGUGAAGACAAAAGGACUUACAUGCCUAGUGAGUAUGUGAAUGGCAUCUCCAAUGGUGAGGCUUUUGAUGCAAGAAAAAUGAAUCUCUCUGCUAAAAACUUUGAUUCAGCUCUCAAUUCUAUGUUGGGGCAAGAAAAUUCCAAACUUCUGCCUGAUAACACAGAAUAUGAGCAGUAUGCUCGUACAUCUAAAUACCGACCAAACCCUUACCUUGAACCCCAAAAAGCUCCAUCAGCCUCAAGGUCAAAAGGUCAGAGGUCAGGCAAAGAACAAAGUAGGGAGACAAGGUCACUGGACAGAGCAAAAUCAGACCAGGAGGCAAUGGAGCCUCCAAGCAGUGCCCCUAAGAAGUUUCGGGAUGCCCCUCCACCAUCCAGAGGGAGAAAACCUAAACCUCGUCCUGCCACCACAGCAGGAGGAUUUGAUCACGAAAGAUUUGAGCCCACAGCUCCUUGGAAGGACUUUGGGCUUGUUCCUCGAACAAGAAAGGAGGGUUUUGACAUGCAGAAGUUUCUGAUGAGUGCUUCCUUCAACACGUCUGGCAACUCGACUAUCAUUGUUGAUCCCGAGGAUGACCAGCCACAUCGGGUGAAGGCCAUGGACGACCAGGAACGCGAGAAAACGUACAUGAGCAAGGCAACUGUAGAACGUAACCGAGUCAACAGGAUACGCAAGGCGAGAAUGUCUGCCGAGAUUAUACAGAGAGCCUGGCGAAGAUAUAUUAUGAAGAAAAGACUCAGUGACCGCAGACGUAGAUGAUUUAUACAUUAAAGAGUCUCAAAGACAAAAACUUGCCUGUGAUAUUAAUUUUAAAUUGUAUUGUACUUUGAAACCAGUAUUGUUUUUAAGAAAUGCACGUAAAAAUAUUAUAUACGUAAAAUGGCAUUUAUCAAAGAUAUUUACUAUUGCAUUGAUGUUUUUUAUCCAUGCUUUCUUUCCAAUGUUACCACUGAAAUUAGAGUGUCUUUUGAUGAGCACUUUCUCAUUCAGGUUGAUUCAACUUGUAAUGAACUGAUACUCCUCUGCCAGAUCUGAAUACAUUGAACCAUGUCUUGUUCUAGAUUAUUUAAUUUUGUAAAAGAUCUUAUACUGCUAUAGGGUAAAUUCUGGUAUGAAAACGAGUUAAUAUAGAAUAGAAAUAUAUGAACUCACGUUGCUUAUGUUAGUGAAAAGUUACUUAACUCUAACAUCUAGUUUCAAGUAUUUUAGGGUACUUAUCUCAAAAUUUGGUCUCUUCAUAGUUGUAAAUAUAUCUUCUCUUUGUGGGUUUGUGUUAUAUAUAUUUACGAAAACAAUCAAAUUUUAAAGUUCAGUAUUGUUUUCAAGCAUUUUUUUUCGACUGGUUAACAAGUUUUAUUUACCAAGUUAAUCUGGUCAGUAGUACCAUAUGUUAAGUUUUAGGCUCUGAGGAUAACUUACGCAUGUAUUCUUGUUCAUAAGUGCUUCAAACAUAUCACCAGAUGUAUCUACCUACAUGUAUUUCAUUUUCAGUAAUUUUAGUGAUAUUUAUUAAAUUUAUUCUUAUUGAAUAAAGUCAAGGCUAUUUAUUUUCCAUUAUUGUUAUCUACCAAUUAGUAGUCACAUUCAUUCUACUGUUUGCAAAGAUUUAGCAUUUUUAAGUUUUGAAGCAUGGACUAAUCACAGUGUAAAGUCUGCCCCAAUCCUCAAAGUGAAUCAAAUGUUACGAAUUGCCUGCUGAUCACUUUAAAGGGACAAGACACCAGAUGGUCUGCAAAUACAGUAUUUUCCUGAAAUUAAGACUAGACUUGUCAAUACAAGCUAGUUUGAGGCUGAUAAUACAUCAUUUUACGUACGGUAAUUAAAAUAAUAAGUAUUGUCGCUGUCUCAGCUGAGUUUACCUGUUUAAACAUAGCGCAUAAUGGUUUCCUAGGGUAUAGUGUGUAUAUUUAGCAUGUGAAGGUCACAUGAUUAGUACAGAUAAAUAUACAGACACUUUUUUAAAUUAACUGGGAUUUACGUGGUAGACAAAUUCAGUAAAUUUUGAAUUGGAAAAAUGUGUAAAAACAUCGAAAGAUAGAAGUGAUGUGAUAGAUCAGUAAUUGAGAUUCAAUGCAGUACACAAUUUGAUGGAAGUUUUUUUACAAUUUUUUUUUUUUCUUGCAGUUGUAAAAUCAGGUGUCUAGUCCCUUUAAUUCUUGUCACACAUAAAGACUGCCAGCCAGGUGACAAAUACCCUGAAUGAGAACUGCCAUAUAGCAUUUACACAAGCAUUAAAGAUAUUCAGGGCUGAUUUCAGGAACAAUAUGAAUUGUUGCUUUAGCAUUAUAUAUUCCAGAAACACAAUGAUCAUUUAAUACUAAUUUCUUGCACUUUUAGCUAUGAUGUGUCUGAAACUGUGUAACAAAGUUUUUAGUGACUAUAAUUCUUACAGCAUCAAAGACAUCUACACAUUUUUCAUGCAUCUUUUUACUUGUAAAUCUAAUUUUGAAGCAGUUUUAUGCUACUUAAUGUUUGUUUGAAUAAUAUUUUUACUUGUUUAAAUUUAUAUAAAUUAUUGACAUAAAUUGCUUGUCCUUGUUUCCAAUCGAUUCAUAAAUGCACUCGAGAUACAUUCGCAAACUGCAAGAAUGUGUUUAAUGCCCCUGAAGGGAGGCUUACAUGGAUAGUAGCUGCACUGUCAAUCUGUUAAUUACUUCAUGUCUCUCAGUUGUAAUUUAAUAACUUUUAAACAGUGUUGUACAGCAGCAUAGGAGAUAUAUUUGUGGUUAUGGUCACAAUAAGAGGUCGUUGGAGUACAAUAGGAAUUUCAUAACAAUAAUUUGUCUCAGCAGUAACUUCUCAACUUUUAUUGGAUUUUGAUCAAUAUUCACAGAAUUGAAGAGCAGCAUGGAAUGUGUUGGGCAUAGCAUUCAUGCCUAAGCAAAUGUCAAGGUCACACUUGGCUGUUAAUGUUAGUAGUUAUAAGUUGUGUCUCAGCUGUUAAUUUUGUCACUUUCAAUCAGAAUGUGCAGCAGGAUGGGAAGCACUAGCACUGCAAAGGUCAAGUUCAUGUUUGAAGGUCAAUGUAGUCUGCUAUUAGGAUUUUUCUUAGGAAUAAUUUGUGUCACAGCUGCUGUUAUCAGAUCUCAUUCAGAAUUGUAUAGCAGCAUUGGAAUGUGUUGUGCGCAUGAUAUUUGCACCGACAUUCGACACAUUAAGUGGAAAAUUGAACCAAAAGGGAUUUGCUGUAUAAUUAUCGUAUCACAGAAUGUUUAAGAAGAUAUAUUUUAAUAAAUGAA